AUGGCAGCAGCAGACGCAGGUGGUUGGAAGCCCGUAGAGGACAGCCACGUGUCCACGACCAGGGGUACCCUCAAGGAAACAGCAGUCACAGACAUUGGGACAAGUUCCUUCAAGUGUGGCUUUGCGGGUGACCUGUGGCCAUCCUGUGUUGUUCCAUCUGCAGUUGGUAAGCCCACACGGGGGACUGGAAGGGAUCAAAGAGAAACAUUUGUUGGAAGAGAGCUUCAGAACAGCAGCGUACCCUUAACGCUGACCCACCCGGUACGCCGUGGUGUAGUGGUGGACUGGAACUGUGUCCAAGAUGCUUUGGCGUAUAUUUUCCAGAGAGAGAUGCAGAUUCAGCCAGAGGACCACGCUGUUUUUGUGUCAGUGCCUCCCUUGUGUACCACUGCUUACAAGGAGAGAUAUGCUGAGACGAUGUUUGAAGGACUUCACAUACCUGCCAUCCAUACUGCCUACCAGUCCCAGCUGUCCAUGUAGUCUUACGGGAAAACCUCAGCUGUGGUGGUGGAAAGUGGCCACGGUGCUUCACACGUGACUCCCAUCUAUGAAGGUUAUCUUAUACGCAGCAUCACUGAGACAGUAGAUUACGCUGGCUUGGACAUCACGCAUUACCUCAUGAAGUUACUAAAUGAGUCUGGAAACUCAUUCACAGAACAGCAACUAAACAUCCUGCAAGAUCUCAAAGAGAAGUGUUGUUACACUUCUCUGGACCUUGCUCAGGACUUGAAUUCGCCUCUUCAGGAACAAGUGGAUUAUGAGAUGCCAGAUGGACACCUCGUCCCUGUAGGCAAGGAGAGGUUCCUUUGCGCUGAAGUGCUCUUUGAACCAGCCUUGCUUGGCUCACAGCAGCUGGGGCUUUCGCAGCUGACACUCGCCUGUCUCAAGAAGUGUGAUGCUGAUGUCAACAAAAAAAUGGUGGGGAACAUCCUGCUCUGUGGGGGCAGCACUAUGAUGGAGGGCUUUGCUGACCACUUCCAGAUGGAGCUGGCCAGGCUGUGCCCCAGUGACCACCUCAUUGCAGCCGCAUUCCCUCAGAGGAAGUCUUCUGCCUGGAUUGGUGGGUCUGUUCUGGCCUCACUGCACGCUUUCCAGGAGCUUUGGGUUUACAGGAGUGAAUAUGAAGAAUGUGGUCCUUCCUGCCUUUUCAAUAAGUGCUUCUGA